AUGAACGACCUGAAAGAAGAGCCGUUGGAUCAGGAGGACGAUGAAGAUUCUACCACCGAACACUUUCUGAAACUUGUCGUGUUGGGAGACUGUCGCGUCGGGAAGACAUCGAUAUGCAGUAGGUACGUCAAUGGCCAAAUUGUCAAAGAGUACCGGCCAACGGUAGGUUUGGACUUUUUCUCAAAAUGCGUGGAACUUCCCGGCCGAGUGCUGAUGUCACUGCAGAUAUGGGACAUCGGUGGCAGAACGCUCGCAGGACCCAUGCUGGACAAGUACGUGUACGGCGCAAACGGUGCAAUGCUUGUGUACGACAUGACCAGCGAGCCCAGUUUCCUGAAUCUCGAAAAUUGGAUUGCACAAUUGGUCGAGUUCACCUCUGGUCAACCAAAGGCCCCCAUUCUCAUGCUCAUAGGCAACAAAAGCGAUCAAGAAUACAUGAGAGCCAUCAAAAUGGAACGACACCUCAAGUUUGCUGAAAAGUAUCGUAUGCUGAACUUUUUGGUCUCGGCAAAGUUGGGCGACGGCCUGACACUUCCGUUCAUAACAAUGGGAAGCGAAAUACUUGGAAUACCGCUAACGUCCAGUGAUGUUGAACAGAGCAUUGCUGUCGUAAGGGCAGAACUUCCUUUUGACAACAGAGGAAGCCAUUCAAACGGUGCCAGAACUCGACGAAAGACCACCCAAAGCAACGUGUGCUGCAUGCAGUAA